GAGAACUCACAGCAACAAAUAACAAAGCUAAUGGGGAAAAUCCCAUAAUAAAAAUGAAGAUAGAAAUUACAGAGAUGGAGGACGUUGGCCAGGAGGAAAUGGAGCCAUCUUGCUGCACCUGCUGGAGAGCAAUAUUCACCCGCUUCAGUAACAGCAGGAAAAGGCGUGUCAAACAGCCUUCUGAAAAUCACAGAGUUUCCAGGGUCCUCAACCGCCUGAGAAGGAGGCUGAAAGAGAGGCAGGCACAGGCCGCCGGCAAAUCCAGCGUCUCUGGAUCUCAGAAAGCCACCGAAACCAACCAGGUCACUGCCACCACCGAGGUCACCCAGCAAGCCCAGGUGACGGGUGCGGACUCGGAGCCGCUUAUUUGGUCCAGGUGGUUCAUCACUCAGCAAAGGAGGAAGCUGGAGCUACAGGCUGAGGCUGCAAAGGCAGCAGCAUCAAAGCCGAGCCUCCAUAAGACCCAGACAGGCGAGGCCACCGAGACCAUUGAGAUCCCCCAGGGGGCAAUGAAGACCAUUGAGGUCUCCGAGACCAUUGAGGAUCAUUUGGGCCAGGAAGUGAUGGCAUCUGACCUCCCAGACAUGGCUGAGGAGGCAGCCACUCAGGAGACCAGGGGAUGCUGGGGGGACGACCAGUCUACCCAUCUGGAGGAUGAGGCUACUGAGAAGGCAAAGGGAGAGCAGGGCCCAAUCCCAGAAGAUGAUGUGGACAGUGUGAGUUCCUUCAGUUUAAACUGCAGUGAGCUGGACAGAAUUCUCAAUAUGGAGGAGUGUGACAUGAACAGUUUGAGCAGUAGUCUGCAAGACCUUGUCAUGGAGAGACAGUACAAUAUGUACGAAGACCCGGAGACCGUGAGCAUCGCUUCCACCUGCUCAGACCUCAGUGGGCUUGACGGACUCCAACAUGCAAAGGAUGACCUGGAUACUCUGAGCAUCGCUUCCAGCAGCUCAGACCUCAGUGAGCUGGAGAGACUCUACCAAUCACAAGAUCACCUGGAUGUUCUGAGCAAUGGUACCAGCAUUUCAGACCUAGGCCUGCCCCCAGUACACACUCAGGAUUGAACCAUAUGGAUUUUCGGACUGAUGAACGUCGAUUUUUGGAUUUUGGACUUUUGAACACGGCUUUUUGGAUUUGUGGACAUGGAUGAUUGAAUUCAUGAAUGUGGAUUUUUUUUUAAAUUAUAUAAACAUAAAAAACAACACCCUGUUGAAAAAUGCCACCAACAUGUUAGUAAAAGCUGCUAACAAUAGCAACAUGUCUGUGAUGACAUGGGAAUAAUAUGGUAGUAGCACCCGUUAGUGAUUUUUGGGAUGUCUCUGAGCAAGGAUUUCAUGAUUCAGCACUCGCCUCCAUGGUGCGGAGGCAAUUACCCUGUCAGCCGGUCCCUAGGACCAGCUCUGAACUAUAACCAUCCCCUGCAGACAGCUCCGACCAGCCCUGAACCAACCAUCCCCUGCAGACAGCUCCUACCAGCCCUGAACCAACCAUCCCCUGCAGACAGCUCCGACCAGCCCUGAACCAACUAGCCCCUGCAGCAGGCCCCUACC